AUGAUGGAUUUCAAAGAUGAAGUCGAUGUGGACGCUGUCGCCCGUGCUGGGCUGGAGAAGCUGGGCUACAAGCAAGAGAUGACACGGAAAUUGAAUGCUUCCCAACCAGUGACGCUAGCAAUCAUGGCAGUCCCAUUUGGUCUUACAUCACCUAUAGCGACGUCACUCGUAGGAGGUGGUCCAGUGGUAAUGAUAUGGGGUUGGAUCUUAGUGUCAGUCCUGACCCAAACGCUCGCUUUCUCACUGGCGGAGAUAUGCUCCAAAUAUCCCACAUCAGCAGGGGCAUACUACUGGUGUUAUCGACUUGCGUCCCCCCGCACGCGACUUCUUGCUUCCUGGAUCAAUGGCUGGUUGACGGUCGUUGGUGGUUGGAUGGUUGAUUUGAGUGUCAAAUUUGACAUGAUUUUCCUCGGCGUGACUGCUGUUGCUGGCAUAUUCUGCAUAUUCUUUAACAGGCUCCUGCCAACCGUCGACAUCAUAUGUGCUUGCUGGACUGGUCUAGGCAUCAUCGUUAUCUCGAUAUGCUUGUUAGCCAAGGCCGCAGCAGGACGUCGUUCCGUCUCUUUCGCGCUCGGGAACUUCGACCCAACAUUUUCAGGAUGGACGCCUGGGUGGUCGUUCUUCAUCGGUCUAUUGCCGUGGGAUUGGGCGCUGAACUAUGCCCUAGCAUAUACAUUCUCCGCUAUAGGAAUGAUCGUAAACAUGGCCGAGGAGGUUCAUAACCCUUCUGAAGUACUUCCGAAGGCCAUCAUCUCAUCUGUACCCAUUGGCACAUUAACUGGUGUGGUAUACCUCCUGCCAAUCCUUCUCACACUUCCAGACGUCACGACAAUGCUUCAAGUUUCUUCCAGUCAACCAAUUGGUGUUAUGUUUACUUUGAUCAUGGGCUCUAGAGCUGGUGGUUUGGGGCUGUUGUUCAUUAUGUUCGGUAUCAGUAUGUUUUGUUCAAUCUCCACAUCUUGCGCCGGUUCUCGUGCAACAUGGGCGUUCGCACGUGACAAGGCUAUUCCAUUUCAUCGAUGCCUUUCCAAGAUCGGCCCUUACCUCGAAGAUGUCCCGGUGAACGCGUAUGCACUCUCCACUGUAAUCCAAGUCCUCCUUGGACUCGUCUACCUCGGCUCCUCAGCUGCAUUCAACGCUUUUGCAGGAGUCGCCGUUAUGUGUCUUGGAGCGUCCUACGCCAUGCCCGUUGCCAUCUCGCUCAUGAAUGCCCGACGAGACAUGCAUGAUGCCCCAUUCAACCUUGAUAGAUUUGGUACUGUCAUCAAUGUAAUCGCAGUGCUGUGGAUCAUGUUCGUCACCGUGCUAUUCUCGAUGCCUGCUGUCAUCCCGGUGACGACAUGGUCGAUGAAUUACGCUUCGGCAAUGUUUGUGGGGUUCGGGAUGAUCGGUGCAGCGUGGUAUAUGAUCAAUGGCCAGUUUUACUAUAGAGGACCUCCAAUCUUGGAAGAGCCAACGAGCUCAUCCGGAUCCUCGGAAUCUGUUCCGUAUUGA